AUGCCGCUAAAAACCCCAAAUCAACAUCACCACCGGACCAACGGCACCACCAUUAAAUCUCUCCUCCAGUACAACCGAAAGCCCCAACUCGCCGGUGAGACUCCUCGUGUUGUCGUCAUCACCUCCGGCAAGGGCGGUGUCGGCAAGACUACCACCACUGCCAAUGUCGGCCUCUCAAUUGCCCGCCAUGGAUUCUCUGUCGUCGCCAUUGAUGCCGACGUUGGCCUUCGCAACCUGGAUCUCUUACUAGGUCUCGAGAACAGGGUCAAUUACACCGUCGUCGAGGUCUUAAACGGCGAUUGCAGGUAG